AUGGCACAUCAUUCAUCUAGACACGUCCAGAGCGAUGCGCCGAUAGCGCCAAUCUCGACGUCUCCUUUUGAGACUAUUCCCGUUGAGGUUGUCCUCGAAAUCAUGGAGGCCAUGGGCCCAAGUGAUCUCGCCAACUUCGGCCUAGUAAACCAACGCUUCCAUCAAAUUUUCACAGAUAAGAGAGCUCAUAUCCUACUGAAGAUCCUCCGCAAUCGCCCAGAGAUUGAGCUUAUCUUGCAACUUUACAUGGCCAACCAAAAUGACUUCCUCCCUGGUAGAAUGCUGCACCCCCUCACCGUCAGUUUCUGUUUCAAUCCCGACAACGCACCGGAAGAUAAGAUCUUCCUCAUGCGAAGCCCCGUAGAUUGGAAGAACGGAAAGAUUGUCUGUCCUGAGAAGGUUAAGUUGUAUGGGUAUGAUCUUGUCAGCGUAGCGCACCUGGUCAAAGUUGUAGAUUGGUGGGUUGAGAUCUACCCUCGCUUGCGCUGGAGAGAGCACCCGGAAGAUCGACGAUGCCUGAAAUGGGAAGAGGAGAACCGUCUCCGCAAGGCUAUUGUCCGUUGGUGGCUCUAUAGCCACUAUUUUCAUGGUAACUACUGGCGCAACUCUCACAUGCCGAAGAAAUUCGAUACUGAUGCUCGGCUCCACCACCUGCGAAUCCUCACAACCCAAGAGAUACACGAAUUGGACGAUCUGCUAGGCACCAUGUAUGAAACGAUUAGUAAGGACCUAUGCUCGUCUCCAGGGAAAGUCCACCGUGGAACGGGCACCACUGUUGAACUGAUUCCCUGGGGCAAAAAUGGGGACCGCCACCCGGCAGUUGUCAACACGUAUCUCAAGCUUGAGCCGGAUCUGCUCAAGUAUUUCCUCGAGCACUGCUAUAGACACAGCAAAGAAUACCUGAUCAUGGCGAUCACGAACAGCACUAGCGAUUUCCUUUUCGAUCGCGAGACCCUGUCCAUGUCCAUUGCGACCGUACUUGAGGAGAGAUCGAUUCUGAAUCCGGACCGUCCCAAGACAUUCCCGCCGAUGGGAAUCAUUGCUGACGACAGAGCGAGCGCGGACGAAUGCGAACUGUGGAAUCAUGAUGCGUGGCCUACGGGAUUCCCGCCCAUUACCAAGGAGCAGCUGGCCGAGCAGCCGCUCGAGCUCACCAGUCGCGUCCCCCGUGGUGAUGAUGGUGCCGAUCGUGGCGGCGGGUAUUAG